AUGUAUUGCACAUUUGUAACAUAUUGUAUGAAUUUCAAUUCAUAACAUAUCAUAUGAAUUGUAAUUUGUAACAUACUAUAUGUCCUACAAUUCAUAUGACCACUAUUAUAUUGGUAGGCCAAUGUAAUGUAACCUAUACUAAAUGGAGUGGCACAGGUUUAGUAACAUAUAAUACGUUUUGCUCUGUGACAAGUUUGCAGCCAGCUGUUUAUUGGGAUUAAUUUCCAGGAGGCUUCUUUUGCUUGAUUUACAGGUAAUGCCUAAUUAUAGAGGUUAAAGGUAUCGAGAACUGAUUAAUGUAUUUUGGUGGAUCCUUAUUAAUUUUUCAAUAGCAUUAAACUGCACCAAAUAUAUAACUGUAGCCUAGACUAACAAAUAUAAAUAAAAAUCAUAGACCUGCUCACAAUCAAAUACAUUUUUUGGAUCAAUGUUUUCCUCACAUUUCAAAUGUAUCUGAAGUUUAAAUUCAAAGCGCACUACUGCAAUUAUUUUAACAUGUUUAACAAAUGCAUUCAUACGCGGGUAAUUCAUGUUUUGGAAAGGAAAGUGAACCGUUUUCUAAAGUUUGCAAACAGUUUUUCCUCCGGCAGUGGACUGCUUCGGAAGAGCAUCUAAACGCAUUGUUUUGGAGAAUCCAAUUGAAAAAUCCAUUGUUGUUGCGAAGUUUUUAAUCCGGGGAUUUUAAAAACAUCACAUGCUCGGUCGGGGAAUCGGGUGCUUGUGCACAACACACAAAUAACACGCAAAUUCUCUCAAUCCCAGGUUUCUUACUUUUUCCUAUUCACAAUUGUUUCAACUCUUUACAGAUACAGUAUAUGGCAGAUUGAAGAGGUUGCGAAAGAUAACGCGUGUACGAGGAUCAAGGAGAUUCCGACCGGGAUAACUUUUUCCAAAGAUAGGUGCGCCCAUGUCAAUCUGUGAUUUAUAGCCCAAAUAUGAGGUACGUUUAUAGCCAGCGGUCUUUGAUGGUCCUGUCUUCAUUAGGGAUCCUAUCUGGGAUUAUGUCUCUGCUAUCAGUCAUUCUGAUUUUCCAGAUACAGUCACAACAGAUUGCUGUGAAGGAAUCACCCCCCAACAUCUCCAUCGUGCCAACUAAUGUUUGGGCAGUGCUUAUGCCAGUGUCUACGGUGCUCUCUGCUCUCUCCCUCACGCUCAAUUUGAGCUCUGUCAUGGUCUGCCUUCUGCACAGCUACUUUACAACCGAGAUAUGCAGAGGAGAAGAUACAGAAAGAGCAGACUGGUUCCUAUUCCAUAGCCAAACUGUCCGACAUGUGGCCAUUGGAUUAUUUUGCCUUGGGGUUUCAGUAUACUUAGCAGCUAUGUCCAUCUACAUGCUGCUGGUGUUUGAGGUAGAGACAGGCAUCGCCAGCGCAUGCGUACUGGCCUCAGGAAUCCUGAUUCUGCUGGUGAUCGUGAUUCACUCACUGGUCAAAGCCGCCCGCACCGCCCAACACUACCAUGGUGGGGAGCACGCUGACACCGUGUACCAGAACCAGCACGGAGAGUGCACCCCUGUCGUCCGCCACGGCGAGCUCCAAGACGGAGACAAACCCAGGAGGCACCGCAACAACUCCCAUCUCCACCGACAGUUGUCCUACCCUCCCUGUACUGACCCAAAGCAGCAUCACCAGCAUCAUUCCCCAUCCCACGGUCCACAGAGUCACGGCAGUGACAAGGAGGGCUACAGUAGUGGUGGGAGUGGGGGUGGCUCGAGAAUGCACAGGACCCUGUCGACAGAGUCAGGGCCGCUGCAGUCUCCGUCUAAGCCAUGGAAUGGCAUUAACAAUGAGAUGAGAAGCGUGCUGGCCCGCAAGUCAGGGGCCUCCAGUAAAGACUCUACUCUAGUGUGAGAUGCACUGCACGUCAUCGCAGUUAGCACAAGGCUAGUUAAUUCCGCCCAUACUAUCUACCGUUCUGAAGAAUACGGAUAGAAUAUGGAUAGAAAAUAGCUGAAGCUAUAUAAAGCUCUGAGCUAUCCCUCCAUGACCCAAGCACAAUUACUACAUUACUGUACAUGUCAAUACAGUGGAAUUGUCAUUUUAAUACACCUUUCUUAACAUCCCUAAUGACUUUUUACACACAGACCAUGUUUGAUUCCAUCACUAUUAAGCCCUUUGUAGAAUGUUUACUUACUGGUAUUCCAAUGGAAAAUGUUAGUGACUUACUAGCUACAGCUAAUGCUUUUGUUGCGAUGUGAUUAUACAAUUUAAAGAUUUGCUAAUAAAUGCUUUCAUUUUCAAGUGUUUGGUAAAGACCAAGAAUGGUCCAUGAAAUAUAUAGCCAAAACUGUGUAUUCCACAAUGUAUAGAGAAAUGCUGUAAUGUCUAGUAGGCAUACUGUAAACAAAACAUUUUUAAUAAAUGUGAAUAAACAAAUUUUUUAAAAUAA